UUGAUCGAAUUAAUAAAUUCAAUAAUGGCUUUCAAAAAUGUGAACAAAUUGAGGAUAGUUAUAUGAAUCCAAAAGAUAUUAAAAUUGAUAAUUCUUUAGAUAAUGAAAGUGAAAGUACAAGUAGUAUAAACAUGAUUGACAAUAAUGUGGUUAAUAAAUUUCAUAAACCAGAAACACCUGAUACAAAUAGUAAAAA